CCGGACGAACUUUUUUGUGGGCUGGCGGCUUUUUCAUACAGAACUCCGUCAAACCACCACAUCCUCGCGUUGACAAAAGAUAAAAGGAACGUUUCCUUCGACCAACGACCAACCCACAACAACUUCAAAAUGGGCCGCCUCCACAGUAAAGGAAAGGGUAUCUCCGCCUCCGCAAUCCCUUAUUCGCGCAACCCUCCCUCAUGGCUCAAGACCACUCCCGACCAGGUCGUUGACCAGAUGUGCAAGCUGGCAAAGAAGGGUAUCACCCCCUCUCAGAUCGGUGUUAUCCUGAGAGAUAGCCAUGGAAUUGCGCAGGUCAAGGUUGUUACUGGUAACAAGAUCCUCCGGAUCCUCAAGGCGAACGGCCUCGCCCCCGAAAUCCCUGAGGACCUCUACAUGUUGAUUAAGAAGGCCGUCGCCGUCCGCAAGCAUCUUGAGCGCAACCGCAAGGACAAGGACAGCAAGUUCCGCCUCAUUCUCAUCGAGUCGCGUAUCCACCGCUUGUCCCGCUACUACAAGUCUGUCGGUGUCCUCCCACCCACCUGGAGAUACGAGAGUGCCACCGCCAGCACUCUCGUCUCAUAAGCGAAAAAAAAAGAGAUCCAAAAAACUACGAGAUGUAAAAUAUUUGGUCAUGAUAUUCGAGAGAAAAUGUCAGGUUCAACGGAAUUAGAUACCUAGGUCGGAUCUUGACAGGCGACGGAAUGGGUUCGUUUGACUAUGUUCGGUAAUUACGAGAAAACAUUUAGAUGAAGUGACGUUUCCUGCCUUAAAUGGACAGGAGCCUCAAUAUUCGCAGAUGUUUUUCUUUCUACGUUCAGCCUUCGUGUAGCUGCACAAGUGUGUAUAUACUAUUCAUGUGCAUGAACCUUUUAACAAGCACACUCGAAAUUCAUUGAUACAAGUAUUUCUCAUAUUUUUAUACCAUCCGACUUUGUGUGUUGCGUAUUCACCAGUUAAGCCGGAUUUCGAGUCGUGAGUAAGCAAGUACUCGAAGAACUAGACGUACUAUCUCAGACAUACUGGAAUAGUUUCAAGUCAAUCCUUGGAAAUUCUAUCACCAGAACAAAAAUUAUCAAUAAUGGCGCGUAGAAGAAGCGAGAAAAUCACAGGAACAGCAAACCAGAUGUGGGAAGAGAUCAAGAAGGAUAUGUGCAAACUAUAUCCGAACAGUCUAUAUACGGGUAUAUUUAUGAAGAAAUGCAGCAUCACGAUGUCAUCCAACACUAAACAACAACUCUAACAAAAUUUAAAUCACGGGAGUUUCAACCCUAACCUCCCUCGCAACAGCAUUGCACAGCUCAACCCUCACUCCAGCACCAGUAAGCACAUGAAUCCACAACCGCUGGGUAUCACUUAGCCGAUCAUUCUCAGACUUCACCUCCACAAACAUAACCUCCUUCCUCUCUACGCUCCAAAGGAAUAAAUCUGGAAUGCCUCCGCCCCGUUGCUGAUAUUCCUGCGCCAUGACUUUGCACACAGUAGCUAGGGCCUCACCACGGAAACACUGUGCAAUCUCAACUAGGUCGGAGAGGUUGAACGACCAGUCGAUGCCGAUGGCGCAUGUUUCUUUCUCCGCUUCGCGGUCAUGCACUUCACGGAUAAGCUUUUCAGCAUCACCGUUGGCUAUCUGGGCAAGCCUGUGAUUUAUUUCUGAAGCGCGGGUCGGAUAGAAAGAGUCUGUGUGUAGGUCUAAGGGGCAGGUCUGGAAAGGUGUUUGGAAGACGUUGGGGACGUAUGUGAAGAGCACAUCAUAGAAGAGAUACCCGAACUAUAGGCGGGGGGAAGUGGUUAGUAAUCACGGGAAAUCUGACUGAGGUUCAUAUUAUAUCGUAUUUAACUUACCAGUGUUCGAACGAUGCCACUCUCGCAGUGGAAACCCUUCCAUCCGUUGUCUCUAUACCAGCUUAGGCACAUGCUUUCGACUCUACACUCGCCUCCACCUUCUCGUUCAUCCACCCAAACCGUAGGUCUACCUCUUCGAGAUAUGGAACUUAUAUUGUUCUUAGAACCAGGUUUGAUUGGGAUAUCCUUUUCAAUCCGAAUCCCUUCCACGAUACGUUCUUCUGGUUUAACCAACAUCACAUGUCCAAAAUCGUGUUGCUCGCGCUUUGUGACCUUUAGCGACUUCUCCAACUUUGUAAUUCGUUUUUGUAAAUCAUAGUGGUAUAUCAAAUGACAGUCGGGAUCUUCAAGGCCUCCUUCGCAUGUACGGAGAGCUUUUCGUUUCCACUCCCGUCUCUGCAUCUCUUCUGAGCGGUUCUCAGAAGGGGUCAAAGACCACAUAUAAUGUUCUUCAAGCAGAGCUUUGCGCUGGUACCACGCUCCUCGACGAGAAGAGUGGAACAAACGCUGGUCAAGAAGUUCUGUGAGUAACUCAUGCUCUCGUUUAUAUUCCUUGAAACGGCCCAAGGCAUA